AUGCGUCACCCGCCUGCACCCCCUCCACCCAUUGGGGAGAUCAGCCGCCCUCCUCUGUCUCCCCUCUCUGGAGUAACUACACCAGCUCGCAGCCAGCGUAGUCUGUCUAUUCCGCGGCCCUUUGGAUCCCGAAUCCAGUCGCAGGGCUCGCAGUCUGUUGUUGGUUUCACCACGGAAGACUUACCCUUUGGCGUCCGUACACCCGGUUCCGUCGGCCAUCGAUCAUGGCAAUCUCGCGGAGGCGAGUCCGCCGCCUCCUUCCAGUCGUCUGUUAUGCAGGAGGAGGCAAAACUCAGAUGGGACUCUGACUCGGAGCUGAAGAUGGUGUCCAAGUCCCUGUUGAGGUUCCAGAAGUGGUGUCUGCUCAUCGGCUUGCUCUGUAUCAAUGCGGCGCUCAUCUACGUGUCGUUCACGUACCACGUCGCCCACUACUUUUUCAUGGUUCUUCUCAGCUCCAACACGGUGCUUCAGUUCAUCAUGAUCGUCUUCAUCCUUGGUCACUUUAUCUUCAAAACCAUCUUCUUCUGCUUCCGCCGCAAGGAGAAGGUGCCGGAAACCCCCGAGAGAAUGGUCAUGCUUCUGCCCUGCUACAACGAGACCCUGGAGGAGCUUACCAGGUCCUUGGACUCUCUCGUCGUGCAGAAGAACAUCGACGACCACCCGCGCAUGAUCUUCAUCGUCGUCGAUGGUAACGUCAAGGGCGCUGGUAUGGCCAAGACCACCCAGGAGUAUCUCCUCCAGGACAUCCUCGAGCCUGGCCCGACGCGCUUCUUCGAGAACGGCUACCGCGCCCGCGACGGCCUCUUCAUGCCGACCAAGAUCCAGACCGGUUACUACAAGGGCAUCCCGUACGUCUUCGUCGGCAAGCGUUACAACCAGGGCAAGCGUGACAGCUUGUGCUUUGCUCGGUCGUUCCUCUACCACUUCCACAAGCGCUCCAUCAACGUCAUGACCAUGUUCAGCAACGAGCUGUUCGAGCACCUGGGCAACGCCUUCGUCUCCCAGGGUAUCGAUAACGCCGAGUACCUGGUGGGAAUGGACGCCGAUACUGUGUUUGACGAGUACUGCAUCUGGGAGAUGUUGAGGGAGAUCCGCAAGAACCCCAAGCUCGUCGGCGUCUGCGGCCACGUCUGCGUCGACUACGACGGCAGGAACUGGGGUCUCUGGUCGCUGUACCAGUCGGUCGAGUACUCGCAGACCCAGGGCCUCCGUCGCAUGUUCCAGUCCCGCAUCACCGGAAAGGUCAACUGUCUCCCUGGAUGUUGUCAGCUGAUCAAGAUCGACGAGGCUACCUUUGGCGACGAAGUCCUCCGCCAGCGGUUCGGAUACUGCCCCAAGCCCAACGACCUCAUGACGCAGCACAUCAUGGGCAACUACUCCGAAGACUCGAUCCACGCCAGCAUCAUCUUCUCGCUCUUCCCUCAGCGCCAGACCGCCCAGGCCCUCCGCGCCAAGGCUUUCACCAUCGUGCCCCAGGACUGGAAGGUUUUCCUGUCGCAGCGCAAGCGUUGGGCCCUCGGCUCCAUUUCCAACGAGUUCGUCAUGAUCUUCCGCCCCGGCAUCAUCCCCAUCGAGCGUCUCCAGUCCAUCAUCGCUGUCAUGACCUGGUUCAUCACUCCCUUCAUCAUGGCCGCCGUCAUUGCUUUGAUCAUCAUUCUCAUUCGCCGCGGCGACGAGCUUGUCCGAGAUCCGGUUUUCAUGUCGCUGUUCGCUCUUCUCCUGUUCAGAUACAUCUACUCCUUCUGCAUCGGUUUCUGGCUGCCGAGAAACAUGCUCGAGCGCAUGCAAUACUUCGUGGGCUACUUCUUCCACCUCUGCACGUCGCCGUUCCUCAACAUGAUCAUUCUCGGAUACUCGCUCGUGUACUCUGACGAUUUCAAGUGGGGCAAGACCCGCGAGGUCGUCAAGGGAGACGACGAGAAGGUCGACGCCGAGGGCGGACGUGGCACUCUUUGA